UGCUCUCCGUGGUCUGAAGGUCACGCUGCUGCGCACUGGGGACAGUGCAGAGUCCCCGAUCCUGCUCAGUAGCACUCUGAAAUUUCCAGGCAUGAUGUUUUGGGGUCUUCUUUCCUUCCUCCUCUUUGCUGUGGCCAGCGGGACGCCCAUUGGUGACCAGGAUGAGGACAUCCAAGUGCAGGAGAAUUUUGAGCCUGAGCGGAUGUAUGGGAAAUGGUAUGACGUAGCUGUUGCCACCACCUGCAAGUGGAUGAAGAAUUACAAGGAGAAGUUCAGCAUGGGCACACUGGUGCUGGGCCCUGGCCCCAGCACUGACCAGAUCAGUACCAUCAGCACCAGGCUGCGGCAAGGUGACUGCAAACGCGUCUCAGGAGAGUACCAGAAAACCGGCACCCCUGGCAAAUACACCUACUAUAGCCCCAAGUGGGAUGUGUCUAUCAAGUCCUACGUGCUUCGCACCAACUAUGAAGAAUACGCAGUCAUUCUGAUGAAGAAGACAAGUAAUUUUGGCCCAACCACCACACUGAAGCUGUAUGGGAGAAGCCCAGAGCUGCGGGAAGAGCUCACCGAGGCUUUCCAGCAGCUGGCUCUGGAGAUGGGCAUCCCUGCAGAUUCCAUCUUCAUCCUGGCCAACAAAGGUGAAUGUGUCCCACAGGAGACUGUCACUGCCCCUGAGAGAACACGGAGAGCAGUGCUGCCACCCGAGGAGGGCUCAGCUGCAGGCCCUCUGCCCACGUAUGUUGGCAACAAAGAAGACGCGUGCCGGCUGAACCGGGACCCGGGGCCCUGCAGCGGGAUGCUCUCCCGCUUCUUCUACAACACCUCCUCCAUGGCCUGUGAGACUUUCCUCUAUGGCGGCUGCCUGGGCAACGGCAACAACUUCUACUCAGAGAAGGAGUGCCUGCAGGCCUGCCGGACCGAGGCUGCCUGCAGGCUGCCCAUUGCCCAGGGGCCCUGCCAGAAACCAGUGAUACGCUGGGCCUUUGAUGCGGCUCAGGGCAAGUGCAUCAGGUUCAGCUAUGGAGGCUGCAAAGGCAAUGGGAACAAGUUCUACUCAGAGAAGGAGUGCAAGGAGUACUGCGGGGCUCCUCCACAGGCAGAGGAUGAGGAGUUUCUGCGUCUGUCAAACUGACAAGGGUGAAGGACGAACACUGAGCACAGGAGCUGGGGCCUCACAGGAGCUCCUGCCUGUACGGGAAUUAUCUCCAACAAUAAAUGUCUCUGAAGUGA